ACAAGUCUCUUUGGUUCAUUAUUGCUUUACAUAUCUUAUUUAGAAAUAUUCUUGGUCCCUCUCUCUCUACCACACAGAUUGAUUAUCCCUUCUAAUCAUUCCCUCUACAAUUCUUGCUGUAUGCUUCAGAUUCCAUCAAGAAAACCAAGAAACUGAUUUUCUUUUUUAUCAACUUCGGUAAAAAAAAAAAGCUUUUUGAAAAUGAAAUUUCAAUCGUUUUUGAAAGAAAUUAAGAAACAGAGAGGGAAGAGGAAAAGAGAUGAACUUUCGAAUCCAGCAAGAAAGAAGAUCCGAGUUCAGAACCUGAGCCAAAUCCAAGUACCAUCAUCACCUCCACCUUCUCCUUCAUCACUUACAUCCUCUUUGUCUCUUUCAUCAGCUCCAUCUUCUUCGUCUCAUAACUGGACACACGAUGUCUUUCCAAGCUUCCGCGGGGAAGAUGUCCGCAUAGGGUUUCUAAGUCACAUUCAAAAAGAGUUUAAAAGAAAAGGAAUCACACCAUUCAUCGACAAUGAGAUCAGGAGAGGAGAAUCCAUCGGUCCAGAACUCAUACGGGCCAUUAGAGGAUCUAAAAUCGCCAUCAUCUUGCUCUCGAGGAACUAUGCUUCUUCAAAGUGGUGCCUUGAUGAGUUGGUGGAGAUUAUGAAGUGCAAAGAAGAGUUAGGCCAAACCGUAAUCCCCGUUUUCUAUAAAGUAGAUCCGUCUGAUGUAAAGAAGCUGAGAGGAUAUUUUGGGAAAGUUUUCGAAAAAACUUGCGAGGGUAAAAGUAAGGAGGAUACUGAGAAAUGGAGACAGGCUUUGGAGAAGGUGGCGACAAUUGCUGGUUACGAUUCAAGCACCUGGGAUAAUGAAGCGGCCAUGAUUGAGCAAAUAGCCACAGAUGUUUCAAACAAGCUGAUUAGUUCUGUUCCAUCAAGUGAUUUCGACAGCUUAGUUGGGAUGAGAGCUCACAUGAAAAGUAUGGAACUGCUCUUACGCUUGGACUCCGAUGAAGUGAGGAUGAUAGGGAUUUGGGGUCCUUCUGGAAUUGGUAAGAGCACCAUCGCCAGAUCUCUCUUUAGCCAACACUCUCCUGACUUUCAACUUAGCGUCUUCAUGGAGAAUAUCAAAAGAGAGUAUCCGAGACCUUGUUUCGAUAGAUACAGCGCACAACUGCAAUUACAAAAUAAGUUCUUGUCUCUAAUACUCAAUCAGAAUGAUGUCGCUAUCCAUCACUUAGGAGUUGCACAAGACCGGCUAAAAAAUAAGAAAGUGUUAGUUGUUCUCGAUGACGUGGAUCACUCAGCGCAACUAGAUGCCUUGGCGAAAGAAACUUGCUGGUUUGGCAGUGGAAGUCGGAUUAUUGUUACAACGCAAGAUAUAAGAAUUUUGAAUGCACAUCGGAUCAACCUUAUUUACAAGGUUGAUUUUCCACGUGAUGAUGAAGCUCUUGAAAUCUUCUGCAUAAAUGCUUUUGGUCAAAAAUCCCCAUAUGAUGGUUUUGGGGACCUUGCUCGGGAAGUUACAAGGCUUGCUAGUAAACUCCCUUUGGGACUAAGUGUUAUGGGAUCUUAUUUCAAAGGCUUGUCCAAGGAGAUGUGGGAACGUGAGUUACCAAGGUUAAGAACUAGACUUGACGGUGAAACAGAAAGUAUUUUAAAGUUCAGCUAUGAUGCCUUAUGCGAUGAAGAUCAAGCUUUGUUUCUUCACAUAGCCUGCUUUUUCAACGGUGAACGGACUGACAAAGUAGAAGAGUUUCUUGCAGAGAAAUUUGUUGGUGUGGAAGGUCGUCUUCGUGUUUUAGCUGAGAAAUCUCUCAUAUCCGUCGACUCAAAAGAAUAUAUAAGGAUGCAUGAUUUGCUAGCACGUUUGGGUAGGGAAAUUGUUCGUAAACAAUCCCCUAACGAACCUGGGCAGCGUCAGUUUUUGGUUGAUGAUGGAGAUAUACGCCAAGUACUACGUGAUGAUACACUUGGUAGUCGAAGUGUUAUAGGAAUAAAUUUUUUGUUGGAGAAGGAGUUGAAGAUAAGUGACCAAGCCUUUGAAAGAAUGUCCAAUCUCCAAUUCUUAAGACUUGAUAGUCAUUAUUUUGACCAUGUUCUACUCAGACGAACAAAUAGUCAAUACAUAUUAGAAAGUGUGAACUGUCUACCUCGAGAAGUUAGAUUACUGGAUUGGAGCACAUUCCCGAUGACAUGUCUGCCUUCUAAUUUUAAUCCAGAGCUCCUAAUGGAAAUAAAAAUGAGAUGUAGCAACCUUGAGAAACUGUGGGAAGGAAAUAAAACGAUUAGAAAUCUCAAGUGGAUGGAUUUGUAUAAUUCCAAAAAUCUAAAGGAGCUUCCAAAUCUUUCAACUGCCACAAAUCUCCGAGAACUGAAUCUCUUUGGAUGUUCAAGUCUUAUGGAGCUUCCUUCUUCUAUUGGGAAUUUGACUAAUCUCAAGAAAUUGAAUCUCACGCUGUGCUUAAGCCUUAUGGAAGUCCCCUCUUCUAUUAGUAAUAUGACUAAUCUCAAGGAAUUGGAGCUCAAUGGAUGCUUAAGCCUUGUGGAGCUCACCUUUGGGAAUAUGACUAAUCUCAAGAAUUUGUAUCUCAGUGGAUGCUCAAGCCUUGUGGAGAUUUCCUCUUCUAUUGGGAAUAUGACUAAUCUCGUGAAAUUGGAUCUCUCCGGAUGCUCAAGCCUUGAGGAACUCCCUUCUUCUAUUGGGAAUAUGACUAAUCUUGAGAAUUUGAAUCUCUCCGGAUGCUCAAAGCUAAAAGCCCUUCCGAUCAACAUUAACAUGAAAUCUCUUGAUGAGCUUGAUCUCACAUACUGCUCCUCGAUGAAAAGGUUUCCUGAGAUUUCCACAAACAUUAGCGUUCUAAAGAUUGAUGGAACUGCUAUAAAAGAAAUUCCUGCAUCAAUCAGUUCAUGGUCUCGUCUUGAUAGGUUACAUGUGUCAUACAGUGAAAACCUCGGGAGAUCCCGACAUGUUUUUGACCGCAUCAGGAAGCUGGACUUGAACGACACAGGAUUACAAGAAAUUGCUCCAUGGGUCAAGGAAAUGUCUUGUCUAGAGACACUAGUAAUCCACGGAUGCUCAAAUCUACAAAAGCUCCGCUCUUCCAUUGGAAAUUUGACUAAUCUUGAGAAUUUGGAUCUCAAAGGAUGCUCAAGCCUUGUGGAGCUCCCAUCUUCUAUUGGAAAUAUGACUAAUCUUGAGAAUUUGGAUCUCAAAGGAUGCUCAAGCCUUAUGGAACUCCCCUCUUCUAUUGGUAACAUGACUAAUCUUGAAACUUUGAAUCUGGAUGGAUGUUCAAGCCUUGUGGAGCUCCCCUCUUCUAUUGGGAAUCUUCAUAAUUUGAAGCGGUUGAAUCUCGGAAAUUGCUCAAAGCUAAUGUCCCUUCCAGUGAACAUCAACAUGAAAUCUCUUGAUGAGCUUGAUCUCAGUUACUGCUCGGUGUUGAAAAGCUUUCCUGAGAUUUCCACAAACAUUAGAGUUCUAAAGCUCAACGGAACUGCUAUUGAAGAAAUUCCAACAUCAAUCAGGUCAUGGUCUCGUCUUGAAAGGUUAGAUAUGUCAUACAGUGAAAACCUAAGGAAAUCGCAUCAUGCUUUUGACCUCAUCACAAAUCUUCACUUGAGCGACACAGGAAUUCAAGAAAUUUCCCCAUUGGUAAAAGAAAUGUCUCGUCUACGGGAACUUGUAAUCAAUGGAUGCACAAAGCUGGUUUCGCUCCCACAGCUUCCACAUUCAUUAGAAUUCAUGCAUGUAGAAAACUGCGAGUCCCUGGAGAGACUAGAUUGCUCUUUUUACAGGACAAAGUUUACUGAUCUUUGCUUUGUUAACUGCCUCAAACUGAAUCGAGAAGCAGUAGACCUUAUCCUCAAGACAUCGACAAAAGGAUGGGUGAUCUUUCCCGGAGAAACGGUGCCUGCAUAUUUCAGUUACAGAGCCACAGGGAGUUCAGUGUCAAUGAAACUGAAUGGAUUCGAUACACGUUUUCCUACAUCCUUUAGAUUUAAAGCUUGCCUCUUGCUGGUUACUAAGCCUGGCGACGUUGAGUCUGCUGCUUGGUACAGGUCGGAUAUAUUUUAUUGCAUCAAUGGCAAACUGAGGGAUGUCGGUAUUUUCCAAAGAUAUGCUAAUAUAUUGGACCCACUAUGUCCACGUUUUGAGCAUCUGGUCGUAUUCGAAUUUGAAGAAACUGUGACUUCCCCUGAAUCAGUCUUUGAGUUCAGGUUCAAAAAAAAAAACUGGGGGAUUAAAGAAUGCGGACUACGUCCUCUAAAAAGCUUAGCUCUCUCAUGGUAAUGGAAGCUGAAGAAACAUUUUGCAGUAUGUGUGUAAGAUUAUCAUUGUGUUAUGUUUGGUUUGAGUAAAAUGUAACGGCAACUAUAUUUAUGUACGCAUGUGCAUAAAAUAUAGUCAUGCAUUCCAUUGUUUAUCUUAAAUAUCAAGGAAACAAUUUUAUCAGUAAUCUUUGUUUCCUACUCGUUGAGUGAAAACUAUCUCAACUGAUUGAAGAUGCCACUUAAAGCAUUCUUUCAUGGUUGACUCCAACUCAUCUCUGUUGUCCCAUAAUAUUUUUCUAACUUCUCAGUCUAUAUUUUAUCUGUUCCACCA